CGGGCGUCCUAGGUUGUAAAGGAAAAAGUACAGCAAACCUUCUCUGCAGCAGCGAAAAACAGCAUUGAACAGAUCUGGUAGAAAAUCGAUAAAACCGAGAGACUCGAACGGGGUAAUUUUUCCGUGCCACAGCGACGCUGGAAGACUCGUUGGCCCACGAUUACAUGACUCAGUGUACAGUGUGGAUAAGUGACACCAAUAAACUAGCAUCGAACAUUGUUGGAAUGCGGACAGUGCAAUGGAGCGUAUGGAAUUGCUAAAUGGUACAUCCGAGAAGCGUAGUUCCGCGCUGCUCGACACGGAGGAUAGCGACGAACAUCCUGAAUCUCUUUCUCCGAUGGAUGAAUCACGUAAAUCCUCCACACCCGGUUACGACGAUAAGAAUUACGGAUCAUUACCGUCGCGCAAUGAGGGCGAUGGUGGGGAAAAGUGCAUUGAUAAUGAUGAAACCACCGAAUUGACAAAACUGCUUCAGCCACCGGGGGACGGUGCGCAUUCGGACAAAAAUGGAGAGGAUAAUCAUACGGACGGUUCGUCACCGGGAUUGAAUGGAAAAAAUAUUGCUCUUGUUCAGCCGAACAACCACCGACGGUCGGAUGAACCGACGGAGCUGAGUUUUGAAAAGUUUCCUGAAAAUCACGAAGAAAAAUUGAAGCGCAUUAAAAUCGAAAAUGCAUUGGACGACCCAAAGACCUCCUUGGACUCCUGGAAGCAGUUUGCCAAGUCCGAGUACGGGUUGAUAAAUGAUGACUUACGUCGAAAGAUUUGGCCACUGCUGGUCGGUGUUGAUCCGCAACAGGUCGACCCAGCGCCAUCGCUGGAAGAAUUGAACAACCAUCCCGAGUACAACCAGGUCGUGCUGGAUGUCAAUCGCUCGCUGAAGCGUUUCCCUCCCGGCAUUCCAUACGAACAGCGAGUGGCAUUGCAGGAUCAGCUGACUGUGCUGAUCCUUCGGGUGAUUAUUAAGUAUCCGCAUCUGAAGUAUUACCAGGGAUACCACGAUGUUGCAAUAACAUUUCUACUUGUUGUGGGUGAGGAGGUGGCAUUCCACGUGAUGGAAAUAUUGUCCACCAAUCAUUUGGUGGAAUGCAUGCAGGAAACGAUGGAACCGACACAGCGAAGGUUGAUGUUUAUCUACCCUCUGGUACGACGGGAAAAUGCUGCCUUGUGUAGCUAUCUGGAAAGGUCGACGGUGGGAACACUUUUUGCUUUGCCGUGGUAUCUGACUUGGUUCGGGCACAGUCUCAAUUCGUAUCGCUCGGUGGUACGAUUGUACGACUACUUUCUGGCGUCCGAUUUUCUACUACCAAUUUAUGUUACCUCCGCGAUCGUUAUUUAUAGGCAAAACGAGAUUUUCCAGGAGGACUGUGACAUGGCCUCACUACAUUGCCUACUAUCGCAGUUACCUGAAGAUCUCCCAUUUGAAUAUUUGCUGAAGAGUGCUGAAACCCUUUAUCGAAAAUAUCCUCCCAGGGUGAUUGAAAAGGAUGUUGAAAACAUGAUCGCCAAAGAGAAACAACAACGACUUGUCGAAGAACGUGAACGCGAAUACCGUAAGCUUUACGGCAAAAAGCCACCACCAGUAUCGAACUCCAUCAUUGGUCGGUUUCUACCACAUCUGCAGCUGUCCCGACGCUCGGUAUUCGUUACUACAGCAUUUUCGAUUCUGGUCGGAUUCUGUGCGUAUUACUACCGAGCACACUAUAUGUCCCUGUCGGGGAUCAGAUGAGGCGAGCUGUUCCGGCGGUUACCGUCGUCAUUUAUCGUCAGUGCUUCGUUCAAUCCACUGCUGGGAAGCGUCCGGCGGUGGAAUUCGAGUACGGCACUGGUGCAGUAAGCUGGCAAUGAAAGGGGCCAAAGGAACGAUUCGGUGGACGGUUUGUGAUCUAUUUUUGUUUCGAACUCAUCUUUCCCUCUUUUCCAUCCAGCCACUCAUGCAUGCUUCCCCAAUAUAUUCCAGUCAUUUUCAUUCAUGUACUUUUCCUUGUACGUGUCCAGAUUUGUACAUAACUCUAGCGAAUUGUUUUUAUUAUUUUGCUGCUGGGAAAUUGGGUCGGUGUGCGAUCAUUUGCGUUUCGUACAAGUUAGGGCAACGUAGUGGAUUUAAUUGUGUAAUACUGUUUCUU